AGUCAGAGUCAGGCCUGGAGAGGAGACCAUGGACGCCUCGGCCUCCAGGGUACCCCCGCUGGAGACGGAAUCUGAGAACGUGCUGGAUUUGAGCCAGCUGCCCCCGGAGCUGCUCCUGGCGGUGCUGAGCCUCCUGCCCCCGCGCACGCUGCUCGGCCGCUGCCGCCAGGUGUGCCGGCGCUGGCGCGCCCUGGUGGACGCCCCGGGCCUGUGGCUGAAGAUCCUGGCCCGGGACCACCGCGCCCUGUGGCCGGUCGUCCGCAGCUGCCUGCCGCGCGCCGACGCCGCCAGUGCCUGCCUCCUGGGCCGCUUCUGCGCGCGCGGACCCAUCGGACGCAACCUGCUGUGCAAACGUGAGAGAGAAGGUGGGGAGCCCAGGAAAGGGGAUCGUCCUCAAGGGAGCCGGUGGGAGGGGCUGGAGGGGCGGGACCACACGGGAAACCACUGGACUUCUCCCUGGGACCGCGGGCAGCUGGAGGACGAGUAA